AUGGCAGCUCCCUCGCGAGAUGGCCCAAAGGCCUCUAUCAACCGCCAAACAACCACACCCUUUCAUCUUAAGCUCUUCUACCGUGUGAAUAAUUUUCACUCACUGAACGAUUACCACAACUCUCCACCUUCGCGCCACCGCGACGGUGGUCACGCGAGUGGAUCGAAUGCAAUUCGCGCGUCGUCACCUUCAUCUACAGCUGCAGUUCGAGCUCUUCCACCUCAUCUCGAAAUCUAUACUUGGCAAUCAUGUACACUGCGGGAACUCUCUCAGCUUCUUACAUCAGCACUUCCGUCGUUGCUACCAGAUCCACCAGUAGGCACUCGGCUGUGCUAUCGUUUGGUAUAUGGAGACGCACGUGGGGUGGCAAUGGGCGGACCAGAUGCGCGCGGCCGAUACCUGGGUAAAGAGCUAGGGAGUGUGAUAGUUGGACCAAGGGAUAGUCCAUACAGGAAGGAGGAAGAGGCAGACGACCUUGGCGAGGCACGAGCUCGCCCUGGGCCCCUCCGAUUCCAAGGAUCGGAGGCAGACAAAACUUUACAGGAUGCGCGGUUUAUCAUUGGGGACUAUGUUGAGUGUGCGAUCUUAUCGCCGCUAGAAGAUGGGUCGGUCGCACCACCAAUUCGUGCUGGCCACGGGCCUCCGCCGAUGGGCGGUGGUAUGCGCGCAUUUAGAGAAAAUGGAUUCGGGCGACCCGGUCGGGGUGGCCCUCGAGGUGGAGGUGGAGAUCGUGGAGAUCGUGGCGCACCUCCUCAAUUUCCUAUGGGAGACUGGAAGCGAGGUGAGAGACUUCCUGAGGGUGGUCGAGGGGGUCGUCGGGGUUGGGCUCCGUAUUAA